AUGGCAGAGUCGGUGCUUUCUCCCAAGUUCGCGCCCUUCUUCGGCAUGGCCGGAAUUGCGAGCGCCAUGAUCCUAGGCUGCGUAGGAGCCGCAUACGGCACGGCAAAGUCGGGCAUCGGUAUCGCCGGCGUGGGUACCUUCCGGCCAGAUCUGAUUAUGAAGUGUCUCAUUCCCGUCGUCAUGUCUGGUAUUAUUGCCGUCUAUGCCCUCGUCAUGGCCGUGCUUAUCGCACAGGAUCUCGGGCCUCCCAGCUCCGGCUCUAACUACAGCUUGUUCAACGGCUUCAUGCACCUUGCAUGUGGAUUGUCAGUCGGCGCCACCGGACUGGCAGCCGGCUACUGCAUCGGCGUCGUGGGCGACAAGGGCGUGCGAGCAUACAUGGAGCAGUCGCGAAUCUUCGUGGGCAUGGUGCUGAUCCUUAUUUUCGGCGAGGUGCUGGGACUUUAUGGACUCAUUGUUGGACUUAUUCUGAACACCAAGAGCAAGGGCUAA